GAGCGCGUGUUGUAGUCGCACGGCGUCCGCCGCGUCACUCAAUCGGCUCUCGCGCUCCGACACGCGCGCGACGACGCCGCCGCUGACGAAAAAACCGACGACACGACGACCGGAAAGAGUCGCAUCCGGGCCCGGUGCUUUACAAGCUCUCUCUAUCUCUCCCCCCCUCCGUACGUCCUCCGUAUAAUAUACACUUGACGUGUAUCGUCAAAACGGAAAUUUUUCUUGAAAUUUACACUUUUCAUACACACACACACACGAGCACACACACACACACACACACAAGCGCCCGAGUAUAAAACGCGCGAUCCAAGUCGCCGCCGACGACGCUGUCGCGGAACCCGCACACUUUGUAUUCAUUAUCUCGGAUGAUUUCAUCCGUGGCAAUGUUACCAUCAAUCUUGGCGAUUGGAAUUUUUUUACAAACGCUCAUACCAGUUUUGUCUACGGUGAGCUGGGAAGAUUGGUGGACAUACGAUGGUAUAUCAGGACCGGCGUUCUGGGGCUUGAUAAAUCCCGAGUGGAGCCUCUGCAACAAAGGCCGACGACAGUCACCCGUAAACUUAGACCCGGAAAAAUUGCUCUACGAUCCCAACUUGACUGAACUGCACGUGGACAGGCAACGGGUGGACGGUAUGAUAUGCAAUACCGGUCACAGCGUUAUGUUCUAUCUAGAGAACGGCACCAAGAACCACAUAAAUAUCACCGGUGGACCGCUUUCGUACAAAUAUCAAGUGUAUGAGAUACACAUACACUACGGUCAGCAGGACGAAGUGGGCUCCGAACACUCGAUCAAUGGUUAUUCGUUUCCGGCAGAGCUUCAGAUAUUCAGUUUCAACUCGCAGCUGUUCGCCAACUACUCGGAUGCGGUGCAGAGAUCACAUGGCAUCGUCGUUCUAUCAUUACUAUUACAGCUUGGAGAUUUAUCAAAUCCAGAAUUACGGAUACUCACUGAUCAUUUGGACAUGAUCAAAUAUAGCGGCGACGAAGUUCCUGUGAAGAGAUUGUCAGUCGCCGAUUUGUUGCCUGCCACUCAUUACUACAUGACGUACGACGGCUCUACUACGGUUCCCGCGUGUCACGAAACCGUUACCUGGUUAAUACUAAACAAACCAAUCUACAUCACUAAACAACAACUGUACAGUCUGCGGAGCUUGAUGCAGGGCAGUAAGAAGAACCAAGGAAUGGCGCCGCUGGGCAACAAUUUCCGACCACCUCAACCGCUGCAUAAUCGGCUGGUGCGCACCAAUAUCGAUUUCAACCCAAGAAAGGACGAUGAGAAAUACUGCCCAAGCAUGCACAAAGACGUAUACUACAAGGCCAACGACUGGAAACCGAACUAAUAACGUACCUGCGUAAACAACACGCCGCCGCCGCCACCGCGGUCAUCCGUCGAAACAACAACACCCGUCAUCGGCCGACCCGGGCGACAUUCCAGUAUACAUAUUAUUUAUGAUAUAAUAUUAUUGUGUAAAAUAAAUUAUUUAAUUAAGUAUAAAAACAAUUUAAAAAAAAAAAAAUGGCUCGCCGAGUGUCGACGAAAAAACUAUAAAAAAUAACCGACUCUAAGACUCCCCGAGGACUCUCUCUCUCUCUCACUUUUUCUUACGCCAUCUCUAAAAUUAUAUUACUCUUUCCUACAACACUCCAAACAGAUUAAUUUUGGCCCGAGUUCGCGUCUUUAUUCCGGUAGUCACACCACCGCACGAUAAUAAUGUUAUCCGUUCCGUCUUCAGUUUGUUUUCGUUUCGACGACAGUCGUAAUAACUAAUAAUAAUAAUCGUAUGAAAUUUAUGAUAUCGUAUAUUUUAUAAAGGAAAAAAACCCGUGUUGCUGUGUACUCGAAAAUCGGUACCACAGACAUCUAGUCUGUAUUCUACCGGAUCGUGCGAGAUUGAGGAGUACCUUAGGGUCGGGUUUUUUUUUUGCGUUUUUUCUAUUUUUAUUUUUGUUUUCAGGGAUAAUAGUUGUAUUAAUAAUAUAUAUGUCUUCGGCUCGAUAUCGGGAGGUUCUUGGAAACAGAAUCUUUCGCGUUCCAAUAACUAUAAUGUUAUGGGACUAAAACAAACGCACGCGAAAACCCUCGAACGAAACAAUAUAUGUAGUGUAGCCAAUAAAAUAUAUAGUACCCACCUACCUAUAACAACUCUAUUCAUACACGCCGACGACUUUCAUAAAAAUCGCUCUCAGUUUUUCCGACUUUUAUAGAUUUUGCAUUAGUACACGUUGUGUUUAUGGCACAUGAAAUGUUUUCCCGUAUAAUGUCGUUCCGAAAUAUGUAUUCGUCAUUACGCGGAAUUUCUCGCUUAAAUCGUAUUUCUUACUCUAAUCUCGGGCAUCGAAGCAUAAUACAAAUCACACGUUGUAUACGCAAAACGUUAAUGUUUACCUUUCUAAAUAUUUCUUUUUUUUUAUUUAUUACUACUCGAACGGCGCAGCACAGUUUUUCGUAAAAUCAAGUUGUUAUUACGUGUCGGACGUACACUAAUCGUUUUAAUUGUUAUCAUGUACAUUUAUUCAUCAAUAUUAUUACAAAAUUAUAUCAGUAGACGGAUUUAUUUUUUCAAAAAAUAUCGAACGCUUGUUUUGAAAAAUCCCGUUGAUCUUAAAAUCUACAUCACUAUUAUUUUAGUAAAAUUAAAUAAUAUAAUAUACAAUUAUUAUUUAUUUAUAUUAUCCGUAUUACUGUUUGGAUAUUAAAUAAUCUAAUACACAGUACGAUAAUGGUAUAUUAUGUAAAUUAAAAUUAAGUUCAUAAUUAUUGUUGUUCUCGACGUAGAUACCUAUUUAAUAAUAAUAACAUGGGAAAAAACCCUGACGUGCUUAAACUAACUUCUAUAAUAUUCUAACUCAUUUACUUACGGAUUUUUACGAUAUUUUAGAGCCUGUUGAUAUCGAGCUGAUUUUGCACUGCGUUUAAAAAAAAAAACAUAAUCAUCUCAUACGCGAAUACAUUACACAUAUCUCCAUGAUUGUAAUAAUUUAUAUUCAUGUAAUCAGUUUCAGAGCACUCUUAAUUUUGACUGAAAUUCAAUUGAAACAUAUUAUUUUGCUAGCGUCUUAAUUUUAUUGUAAUAUUGUAAUAAUACAAAAGUGCAUACAUAUACAUUAUGCAUAUUAUUAUAUGGAUGUCUGUAGUGUGUCAAGGUUCCUACAAUACGUUGUUAUCAUUAUUAGUGUAUAAUAAACCUUUGACUAAGUGUUUUUGA